AUGGCGUUCGUGGUCGGUAUGCUCGCGGUUGGGCGCGCGGUGGGACGCGCGAGGGCGGUGUCGGAGACGGAGACGAGGACGGCGACGCGGGCGCGGUUGGGCGCGCGGGCGCGGCGAGGGGGGGGCGGCGCGCUCGGAAGAGCGACGAAGGACGCCGUGUUCCUCACGUACAGUGAUCGCGUCGUCCCAGGGAUGUGCGUGAGCGGAGAGACGGCGGCAAUGUCGGGAAUAGCGCUGCGAAUGCUCGGCUCAAACGCGAGAGACUCCGCGAGAUUCGACGUCGAGCGCGUGAAGAACCCAAAGACGAAGAAAGUUUUCGCGUGGCUCAAGGCUCUGACGGAUGAUGACAUGCGAAAAGAGCUCGGGAUCGGGGACGAUACGAUCGUUUCGCUCGGCGACGCGUCGGACGUCAUGUACGUGCAAAACGUGGAGGAGGUCCUCCGGCACUUCAAGGACAUCGAGCUCGAGAGCGGGGGAGCGACGAAGAACCUCGUCGUGGCGAGCAGCGAGAAAAAUUGUUGGCCGUGGGUCAUCAAGGGACGCGAGAGGAUACCGGGCGGGUUCGAGGCGUGCAAAAAGUAUCCCCGAGACGUCGGCUCGACGUACAAGUACUUGAACUCUGGCAACCUGAUCGGUCGGGCGAAGGGCAUGGCCGCGCUCCUGAGCGACGUCGUUGCGCGCAUGAAAGACGUGAACGAAGACGACCAGUUGAUCCUGGCGAACGCGUUUUUACGUCAAGUGGAGUCGAGAACGAACAAGACGAGUGCAAAUCCGGCGUACACCAUUACGCUCGAUUACCAGCAACACCUCUUCGCACCAGCCUGGGACACCGCCAUGGAGAGCAAACAUUUCGCGCAGUACGGCAAGAACACCGUGUACUACGAUCGAAAAUACGCGCACGUCGUGAACACGGAGACGCACACUCUACCGACCAUCUUGUCCUUCAACGGGGACAAAUCGAACCUCUACGUCGUGGCGCGUCACUUCAUGAGACACCACGCCAAGCAUCCGAGGUAUCAAGAAAUAAAGGACGUGAUAUCCGACGAGUAUCAGUGGUUUAAGAAUACGUGUGAGGACAUCAUUUCAAAAGUUCUCGCGGGCGAGACCGUGGAGAACACUAAACCGAAGCACCGCGGCGGAGGACGCGCACCGUAG